AAAUCAUAUUUUGUCGCGCGCGGGCGUAUACCGGAAUCGGAGAGCUGUAUCACGUGCGUAAAUACGCGUCCUUCGCAGUGCACGCGGAAGUAUGUGCAACCGGCGCGAGCGAAGCCCUUCGCUCCGAAGCAGAACAUCCGGCCGGCGAAGAAUCCGUUCGAGAGCCACACGACGUACCUCGAGUCGUAUUUCAAGGCGCAGCGCAUCUCGCGGGCCCAACCCUUUCUGCCGGUGCACAAUAUCACUCUGGUCAACGACAAGUUCACCGACAACACGACGAGCAAGCUUAGUUACAAACCCGUUACGGGGAUUUUCAAGCCGAAGCCCGUGAGGCCUCGCCAGAGACUGUCGACUCAGCAAGGCCCAAUGGAAACGACCACUACGCUACGGAGCAGCUACGGACCCAAGUUCGUCGUGCCCACGAAAAUGAUAAUACCGUCGGGGAGUAUAAAAUCGUGCAAGGGUCAAUUCGAGGGUAAAACGACGACGACGCUGUCGUACAUAAAUCCAGGACCCGUCGAGCCGGUGACGAACUUCAAGCCACGGAUACUCUACGACAGGCCCAAAGAGAGCACGGCCAAAGAGACGACUCAGCGCUUGAGCUAUCCGCCCUGCAAACCGGCCAAGAAGGAAAAAUACCCAUGGGCCGAGAAACCCGUUUACAAGUGCGUUCGUCUUCGAGCUUUUUUCCUCUCGCUAAAAGUUCAUAGAAAGCUGCAAAAACUACUCGUUGGCUUUGAACUUAGGCCACCGGAAGUCGAGAUGCCCGGCGAAACUACCUACGGCAAGAGCUACCUGGAGAACAAGGCCAAACGCGAACAGCCCAUCCUGCCGAGAGACACGGGGGUGCUUCCAGUUGGCGUGGACUUUGUCGAGAGCACGGUAUACAGGGAGAGCUUUGUGCCGUGCCAGACCGACGUAGUGGCGCCGAUCGUGAGGUCCAACAACAUUUCGCUCUCGGAUAAAAAGAUGGAGGGCGACACGACGAAUAAGCUGAGCUACCGAACGGUCAAGGGGGAGAAGCGUAAGCCAAUUCUGCCGAGAAGGAGAAAAUUACUGGACGGCGAGGGACCCGUGGAGUCGGCAACUGUCACCAAAAUAUCCUUCGAGCCGAAAUUCUGCAAAAGAACGGAGCCGAUAGUGCCGUGCGGCCACAUCCGCUCGUCGAGCAAGCCCCUCGAGACGCACACCACCACCGCCAUGUCGUUCAUGAAGCCGGGCCCCGUCGAGCCCGUGACCAACUUCAGGCCCAGCAUUCAGUACUCGAGGCCCAAGGCCAAGGUCGAGGGCGAGACCGUCAAUAAGCUGUCCUAUCCUCAGUGGGCGAUCGCGCCCAAAGAGGACAUGCCGUGGGCGCGAAAGGGGGUCUACUGCAAACCCGAGGCCAAAAUGGAGAGCGACACGGUGGCCCACGCCAGCUUUCCUCCGCCCGGCCACUUCGUCGAGGAGUGCGAGGACGAGGAGGACACAGAGAACCCGUGCCAACAGCAGCAGCAGCAAUCCGCGGACGAUUGCCAAUGACUUUGAAGCCAUUUCAAAAUUAACUAUCCUGUUCGAAAUCGUUUGAGCAUGAAUAAAUUACAUAUGGUGCUUACCUCUUUUUCUGCUGUCAUCAAUAUCAUUAUACUUGUCAUGCGACCAAAAAAAUGCAGAUCGUGCACUAAAUUUGCGUAUCAUACUUACUGUUGUGUUUUACAUGCUAAAAAUGUAGUUAAAACGAGCCUGCUUAAUUCCACGAAUGGAUAAUAUCUUCCAUUUUCUUUCCGUUUAUUUAGAUGCUUGAAAAAAUAUAAACAAUAAAAUGAUGAAAAAAUUAUAAUAAAAAUGAUGGAAAGAAAAUAUCUCGUAAUUAAUUGUUUUUAAAGUUUGUUCAUGAAAUCCGAUCUUCAGAUCACAUUUACGUCCUCGUCACGCUAUACAUUAAUUCGUUAUGCUCCGUAUGUUUGAAUUAUUUAAUGUCUUUAGGCACUAGUUUUUAUACAUUUAUAAUUUAUACUUCCAAUGAAAAGUCGAAAUUGAGUGUAGUGAAAAGAAUGCACAUGGACUUGGAAAAGUUCACUAGGAACAAAGCAAGUUCUUUUUAGGGCGAAUGUUUUUAAUAAUACAAUGAGAAAAAAGACCGAUUUUUUUUAGAUAAAAAUAUGUACCAAUCUCUAAAUAAAAAAAAAUGAUUAUUCUGCCAAGAUUCUAAUUUUCUAACAAAUUUUUAAUUAUUACAUAAAAAAUAGAGAAUCACUCCUAUAGAGAAUCUUAAUUUGAGUUAUCAGGAAAACCCCGUAACAAAGUACUAAAAUGUACGUUAAGUUUAUGUACAUGUAAUAAAAAAUGGUUAUUUUAGCAUGAGAGUUGAAAAAACGUAAUCAUCCCUUUUUUAGUACUUAAAGAAUGUACUCCUUAAUUUUCACAAGGAUCGGUUAAACUAUUUGUAAGAUACCAUUGACACCAAAAGUUUCAAACCCCCGUAAAGUCAAAAGAAAAAUGACUUCGCUAUUCUUAGCGUAAACAUUAUU